AUGGCGUCCCACGCCUUCGUCUUCCUCGUUCUCUGUCUAAUCCCUGCGCUCUGCCUUGCGCAAACCGUCACCAUCACCAAGGACAUCCCGUCAGAUGCACACAAGUGCGUCAGGUACUGCCUGAUCUACCCUGGUUUCCAGGAUGACCUUGGCGGCGCCCUAGCUUGUGGGAUUCCAUACAAGAACGACUGCUACUGCGCAACCGAAGUCGCGUCGGCGAGCAAAGCAAGCUCCUGGAUCGAGAGAUGCGCCAAAGAACAGUGCUUGGUGGGUGAUCUCAACAAGGACCGCACCUCGAUGCAGAACAUCUACGCCGGCUACUGCAAGGACGCCGGCCUCCCGCAGCCCUCGCCUCAAUCCGUGUCCGCCACUGCCACUGCCGCUGCCGCUCCCACUUCAAAGACACAAGUGAGCUCGUGGCCCCCGAGCACCUCGCUCAACAGCUCAGAUGGUGGCACCCAGCCAUCCAAGACUGACAAUACCGGGUCUGCGUCGGUGGCGACGACGCAGACCACAGUGGUUACACAAACAAAGGCCAGCAGCGCUGGUGUUGGCAUUAUUCCGCAGGCAACGUCGACCAUGUACGUGAUGGCCAGCGACUCGGAGGGGACGCCCACGGCCGUAAAAGCCGGCUUGGGCGUUGCGAUUCCCGUCGUUGUGCUGGCUAUUGCCGGUGUUGGAUUCUAUGUUUGGCACAGGCAUAGGCGUGCAAGGGCGAGGGCAAACCACUCACAGUCCCAACCGGGUUACGACGAGAAGAUUCACACGACGAGCCCGGGUGGUAGGGUACCGCUGCAGAUGGCAGCGUCUUUUGCCGGCGGACACGAGUUGCACGGUGACGAUGGGCAUCGACACGUACAGAUGCCUGAGAGUGCCGCGAGGCGGCGGUAUGAGAUGGGUGCAGCGGCUGCUGGGAACUCGGGUCAUGCCCCUUGUGAACUUGAAGCAAGCGGUCAGAUACGGUGA